CCUUCCUUCCCUUCCCUCUGGACUGACCCUUUUUGUGUUCUACUUCUCGCCCCAUAGCUAAAAGCAGAUGUCGUGCCAAAGACUGCAGAAAACUUCAGAGCCCUGUGUACUGGUGAGAAGGGUUUUGGCUACAAAGGCUCAACUUUCCACAGGGUGAUUCCAUCCUUCAUGUGCCAGGCAGGCGACUUCACCAACCACAAUGGCACAGGUGGCAAGUCCAUUUAUGGGAGCCGCUUUCCUGAUGAGAACUUCACGCUGAAACACGUGGGAGCAGGUGUCCUGUCCAUGGCGAAUGCUGGCCCAAACACCAAUGGCUCCCAGUUCUUUAUUUGCACUAUCAAGACAGACUGGCUGGAUGGCAAACAUGUUGUAUUUGGCCACGUCAAAGAGGGCAUGGAUGUUGUGAAGAAAAUAGAAUCUUUUGGCUCCAAGAACGGGAAGACAGCCAAGAAGAUUGUCAUCACAGACUGUGGCCAGCUGAGCUAACCUGGCGCCAGACGUGCCAAGGUGGUAGCAGCCGUGCAGGAGUGUUGACUCACCUGGUAAUGGCUUUGGGGUCUCUGAAGAGCCUGAGAGUUAAUUGCUGCUUGCUCAACCACCACUGUGUGCUUGGGGUAGGCCUCUCAGGAAUACCAGCCCUCUGCCUCCCCAGUGCCCACCUUCCUCAUGGCCCAUUCUUAUAGGCCCAUGUAGCCAGGAGGGCCCCUCCACCCCUUGGCAAGCAGUGGCUUCAAUAGCCUGGCCCAAGUGCAACUAUGCUUUCAGCAGUGGUGGCACCAGUGGCAUGACAGGGAAGAUUUUUGCCUUUUCCUUGAUCAAAGGGAAAGCCGGUUGCCAAACAAAGGCUUAAUUUCAUCUUCCUAUUCAGAAUAAUAUAGGUGAAAUUAACUGACGAUGAAAACUGUGAUCCUACACCAAGCCAGGGUGGGACCUGGAUUUGGUGGCUUGGCUUUAGAAACAGAUUUUCUGGGCUUUGUGAAGGUCCCUAUAGCCGAGGCCCUCCUUCCCUCCCUUUCGGCAGAUAUGAAACUGCUGUUGUGAUUUGUGAGAGCUGCUGUGGUGGUGGAAACAGACCCAAUGUGAGCUGCGCUGUCAAUGUGAAUUCCUGUGCUGGAAGCAGCCUGCACGUGUGCCGUGUGUUCUCCAAGAAAUAAAUGGUGUACACAAAAGCUUGGUUUUAAUCAAUCUACCCACUUGUAUAUGAAACAUCUCUGGAACACUUCUUUGUGUUCACUUUAAAUGUGAAAAUAAAUUCUAUUUUCUUUUUCAUUAAAAAACAUCAUUUUA